CUUGGCCCUAAAUCUAAUCAUCAACUCAUAAAAGAAAAAAAGAGAAACUAAGAAGUAUAGUAGAUGUUUCAGCCAUGGACUUAACCACCAAGACGACAACCACAACAACUACUACUUCUGUCAAAACCCCAGAAGCUGAAACUGAAACCCCUACUAGAAUCCAACAACAAAAGCCCUUCCCUUUCAGUGACGGCGUUCUUAAACGCAAAAGUCAUCAUCAGCAUCGCCACCUUGCCGUGGUUACUUACAGAGAAUGUCUCAAAAAUCAUGCUGCUCAUUUAGGUGGUCAUGCGGUUGAUGGCUGUGGCGAAUUUUUGCCCAUUCCUUCUGCUAACCCAACUGACCCAACUUCUCUUAAAUGUGCUGCUUGUGGCUGUCACCGCAAUUUUCACCGCCGUGAACCGGAAGAACCCGUUGUUCUCCCAGCGCCGCCUAUCUCCACCGCAGCUCUUGAGUACCAACCUCAUCACCGCCACCAUCCUCCUCCUCCGCCGCCACCGUGUGGGGACCACAGUAGCCCUAAUUCUUCCCCAUCUCCACCGCCGAUUUCUUCUGCUUACUACCCAGCUUCUGCACCUCACAUGCUCUUAGCACUCAGCGCUGGGUUCUCUGGGGAGAAGAACCCGAACCCUACAUCGACUCUGGUCGCAGCAAACUCUAACGGGAGGAAGCGUUUCAGGACGAAAUUUACUUCAGAUCAGAAGGCAAAAAUGCAGGAAUUUGCGGAAAGAGUUGAGUGGAGAAUGCAGAAGAGAGAUGAAGAUCUGGUGAGCAAUUUCUGCAAUGAGAUUGGUGUUGAAAAAGGGGUUCUUAAGGUAUGGAUGCACAACAACAAGAACACGUCCGGGAAGAAAUUAGACCAACACAGUGGUAACAUUGCUAACAACAUCGUUAAUGGGUUCUGUAUUGCUAGUAGAAAAGACGGUCAUUAUGACAAACCUGACUCGGAAUUUCACCUUCUCCGUGAAAGCAGCAAUGACAACAAGAAAGAACAUUCAGUUUUUGGUGCUAAUGUCUUUGCCACUAAUGGAUCUUCUUCUUCGUCUUGAUUUUAGAUAACUGGUGAGUGUAAUAAUGUUUUAAUUAGUAGUAAUACAAUUAGUGCAAAGAAGAGAACAACUUUGAGGCUGGUACCUACUAUGUUAGUCACGUUUAUUUCUUUGUUAGUAAAGAUUAGUGUUUAAUUAGCUUCAUGAUGAUGAUAACAAUGGAAAUUAAGAUUGUUCCACUUUCCAUUCGAACAAUUUAAUUUGUUAUUUUUUAACCUUAAA